CGUUGCUGCACCAUGGACCCGGUCAUCACGCAGGAGCUGACCCGCGCCGAGAGCCAGCAGGAUGUCGCCGCCCUAAAGAGGGCUUACGAGCUGAUCAAGUCCGCUAACCUGGCCAAGUCCGAGUUCGACCCCAGCGAGAGCUUCAGCCCUGACCUGUUCGUUCUGUGCGCGGAGCAGGCCCUGAAGAUGGGGCAGCCGGAGGUGAGCGAGGACUGCAUCCAGAUGUACUUCAAGGUGAAGGGGCCCGUCACCCAGUUCCUGGGCCGAGCGCACCUGUGCAGGGCCCAGUUGUGUGCCCCCAAGUCCACGGACAAUCUGGAGGAGUUUGAAAACUGUGUGACUCAGUACAUGAAGGCCAUCAGCUUCGCCAGAGGAGAACCCAGGUACUACUUCCUGGUCUACAACGCGUCCGUCCUCUACUGGCAGAUGGCCAGGCCCUUCCUCAAGCCCGGGUAUCACCACCACCUGAUCCCCAGCCUCUCCCAAAUCGUGAGCGCGUUGACGCAGACCCAGGAUGAGGACCAGGACUGGCAGGUGGAGCUGAUGAUGGAGCUUCUGGAGUGCUACCUGCAGGCUGGGAGAAGGGAGGAGGCCGCCGCGUUCUGUGCCACCGCCGUGCCCUUCAUAAAGACUCACGCGCCGCACCGGUACCGGCAGGUGUUCGCUGUGAUGGUGCGGCACGGCCUGGUGGGCGAGCUGCAGCUGAAGGAGGAGAGAAAGUCUUCCAUCAGCCUGUCCGUCACCUUCUACAUCAACCUGCUCCAAGGAAAACUGGAUAAAAAUGAUUUACCUGAAGAUGCCAACAAAAUUCUGAAGGGGGCCUACAAACAACUGGGCCAUUACAACCAGCAGCGCUUCCCUUCGAUCGUGGAGGAGAAAAUCCAUUUGCUCUUUGAACUGGCUCAUCUUUCUCUGACCUUGAAAUGUGAGGACGUCUCCUCCAGCUGCCUCUCGGACUUGAAGAGCAUGGACAGCAAAGACCCUGGGAACCUCAUUGAGAUCGAGUGCCUGGAGUGCGAGUUAGAGGCGCUGCGGCUGGAGAGUAAAAUGAAAACCUACACUCGAGCGGCUGUGGAGGCCCAGCGGAACGUGAUACAGAGACUGGACGUCGCGCUGCAGCGAGCCACCGGCCUGGCCGACCCUGCAGUGCUGCACGUGGUGUGCACCACCCAGUGGAACCUGUGUCUCCCGCUCCUGCAGCACAACCUGCGGCACCACCUGCGGAAGCCGCUGACCAGGAUGGCGGAAAUCCUGGAGAAGGUGGACAGCCUCGCGGUCUUGCUCCGCUGCCAAGUGCACAUGGAGCUGGCCCACAUCGAGGAGGACGAGGACCGGCUGGAGCCCGCCAUGGAGCACCUGGUGAAGGCCAUGCGGCUGGACAGCCAGGGCCUGUACCAGGAGAGGCUGCGGAUGGCCUUCAACCGGCUGCGUCUCUGCUCCACACUGUACCAGAACCCCGAGCAUGCCGAGGACAAGGCCACCAUGGCCAUUGAGCAGGCCAAGAAAGCCAUGGCCAAAGACAGUGUCCGGAAGAAGCGGGCCCUCCUGGUGAACGCGGGCCUGGCACUGGCCCCCGACGCCUUCCAGAUUGUGCUGGACAGUGAGAAUGAGGCCAAGGUCUCCACCGGGAAGAGCAGGAGCCGGUUUGCUCCGCUUUUCGCCAGGGCCCGGCACCACACCGUCAGCGUGGAGAAAGCCACCGGGCAUUUGCGGCGUUUGGGGAGCGAGAAUGAAAAGGAGAGAGUGCAGAUCUGGGCCGAGCUCGCCAAAGUCGCCCGGAAGCAGGGCGUGUGGGACGUGUGCCGGGCGGCCUGCCGCUUCUGCCUCCUGUACGACAGCGUGAAGGGGAAGAGGCUGUCUCGGCUGAGGAGAGGGAGGAGGAGGCGGGGCGGAGACAGCCUGGGCCACGACUCCAGGGCCCAGUCCCUGGCCACGCUGCGGAGGCCGGGGUCGCCCACCCUGCUGCAGAAGUUCGCGGAGGUGGGCUUCAUCAACGCCGAGGCCACCGUCCACUUGCUGCGGUCAGAAGGCGUGGAGCUCAACAACUGCCCCACCCCCCCUGAGGACCUGAGCCAGCACGCGGCCGGCUACAUGUUGGAGUCCCCCCAGGACAACUCCGAGUGGGUCACGUACAGGACCUGGGUGGAGAGCCUGUCCCAGCAGGCCAUGGGCAGCUGGCUGCGCUCGGCGGAGAUCGGGCAGGAGAUGCGGGAGGCCUGGGUCGUGCAGAACGCGGUCGUCUACGUCCUGAACCACAACCACCACCUCAUCACAGCUGGGCGGCAGAAGGAGCUGGUGGACACCUUGUACCGCCUCCUGAGCAUCGUCCAGGCCACCGGCCACAACGGCGACCCUGUCAUGCUGGUGACACUCUGCAACACUCUGGCUCGCGGCCUCAUCAUCAGCUGGAUCCCAACGCAGACGCCUGAGAAAUCGAAGAAGCCCGUGCGGUCCAACGCAUUCCACAGCCCCCUGGACUCCGAAGCCGCCUCCGAAGUCAGAACCGCGGUGGAGGUCUGUGAGUUUGCCCUGAACCUGACCAGCGGGGCGGUGCCUGAGGACACGGUGCCCACGGAGGCCCGGCAGCAGCUCAUCGCCACCUGGGUGAAGGCCAAGCAGCUGCUGCAGCAGCAGAUCGGGCCCCGGCUGGGCGUGGACGAGCAGAGCACCAACGAGGACAUCAGCUCUGUGACCAAAGUCCUGGUCGCUCUGGAGAUGUACUCCUGCAACGGGCUGGGCCUCAUGGACUUCACGGUGCCGCCCCUGGCCCAGCUGGUGAAGAUGGCCUCGGCGUGCAGCUGGGCGGAGCCCCUGGUGGAGCUGCAGACCCUGGCCCGCCUGAGCCACUUCGCCUACGUGGCCCACGACCACGAGACCACCAUGGCGUGCUCGAAGAAGGCCGUGCAGAUGGGCGUCCAGUGCCUGAGGCAGUUCAGCCCGGUCCAGCAGCAGCUGGCCGCAGAAGCGCUGAGUGCGGCCGCCUGCGUCCAGGGCCGGAGCAUCGUGGAGAACCUGAAGGGGCGGAAGCAGCUGCGCCUGGUGGCUGCCAAGGCCUUCACGGAGAGUGUGAGGUUUGGGGGCAUCGCGCAGAGCAGCUCCCUGGUGAUGCUGGCCGCCCGGCACUACUGGAACAGCCAGCUCCCGCUGCUGUCCUCCGCGGCCAGCAGGAAGAAGGCCAAGAGCGCCAUUCAGAGGAUCGUCGCCAUCAUCAACCAGGUGGAGGCCAAAAAGCAGGACGUGGGGAGCGUGCUGCUCCUGCACCAGUGGCCGACGGCGGACUUCCAGGGCGGAGGUGCCUCGGAAGGCUCUUUCCCCCCAGGGGCCGAGGACGACCUGUCUCUGCGCGCCGCGCUCUACGGCGUGCUGUUCCACUGCCACGCGGACCAGGGCGACUGGGAGGGCGGCCUGAAGGUGCUGGAGGAGGCCGUGCAGGUGCUGCCGCGGACGGCACACCGCCUCUUGAUUUUCAAGCAUAUGGUCCUUGUGAAGGCCAAGCUUGGCCUGAACUUCACGAUGGAGAUGCAGAAGUUCAAGGACGAGAGUGAAGACUACUUGGCCCACAUGUGGCACCGCCUGGCCUUGAACUCGAAGAACGUCUAUGGAGAGCUGACCUGCUACCAGAACGCAAUCCAAGCCUUGCAGAAGCCUGAGAGUGAGUGGCAGAAGGUGGACUACAUCAUGGAGUUCGGCGAGUGGCUGUAUUACCGGCAGUUCUCCAUCGAAGACGUGGCCUUCCACCUGAACUGGGCCAUCGACAUCGUGCUGGCGUUGACGCCUGCCAGGGAGGCCCCGGAGCCGGCAGGGGAGCUCUCCCCCACGCAGGCCGACCCGGAGCGGCCGGGGUCUGCCGACAUGGGGACGGUCUCCUUGGAGAAGCUGUGCAGCGUGAGGCAGCUGGAGGCUCUGGCCCGAGCACACGUCCUGCUGGCCCUGACCGCGUCCCCCAGCGCCGCCAGCUACCAGGACUACUGCCUCCUGGCCUGCGCGGCCUUCCGGCGCAUCUGGCAGGUUUCUCUAACGACGGCAGGAAAAUCCAUUUCAGAAAGUAAACUUCCAGCAGCAGCUAGUUCCCAAUUGUUGUUGCCUAAAAAAGAGAAGGAGAAGGUCAAGGACAAGGACAAGGAGAAGGUCAAGGACAAGGAAAAGGUCAAGGACAAGGACAGGGAGAAGGGCAAAGACCUGAACUCGCUGCCUGCUCCCUCCAACCCCAAACUCUGCGCUCCCGCCCCACAGCCCCAAACCCUGGUCCUCAGCAGAGAGCCGGGGGAAAUCCCAGCGAGCGUGGAGGCCUGGGCUUCCUACUUCUGCCCAGAAGAGGUGACAGCCGUGUUCAAACAGGACAGGAGCGACUUCACCGUCAAUGCCUCCAGCAUCCAGAGGCCGACCUACACGCUGUACUACCUGGACCAGCUGGUGGCGGCCCUGCGGAAGCUGUCCCUGCCCGAGCUCGCGGUGCCGGUGCUGCAGCUGGGCGCCCUGAUUUCCGCCUGCGUGGUGGACAGCGGGACCCUCAGAGACCUCUACCACCUCCGGCUCGCCCUGGUCUGUUCUGAUCUGAAGUUGAGAGACGCCGCUGCUUUCCACGAGGACCUGGUGGGCCAGGCGUACAUCACGGAGGGGGAGCAGGCCAGCUACAGGAAAGAAAUUGCCCUGAGAAAGGAGAAAAGCAGGGAGCCGCUGCAAGAAGAAAGUUUGGGGGCCCUGGACGAGCCCUGGAGCACCGGGCUGCCCUCGGAAACAAGGCCGCUCACAGCGCAGGACCAGAUUUUGUGGAUGAACGCAGAGACCGGGAGAGGCCUGGACGGCACGUCCCUUCCACAGCUGUGGACCCUCAAGGCCGAAGUUCUGCUGGAGAUGGACCUGUGGCAGCCGGCGCGGCUGCUCCUGUCCGAGGCCCGCCGGGCCUUCCAGGAGCUGGAUGAUUGUUGUGCAGAAGCCAAGUGCCUGCACCUUCUGGCGCAGUUGGCCAACAAGGAGAGAAACUACGGCCAAGCCAAGAAGAUGGCUCUGCACGCCCAGCGCCUGGGCGGCGGCGAGGAGUUCUGGUACCGCUCCACCCUGACCCUGGCUGACGCGCUCCUGUCCACGGAAGAGAAGGGCCGCGAAGUGGCGGUCUGCCAGCUCUUCCAGGGGCUCAUCGAGACGUUCAGGGAGCUGCAGAAGGAAAGACCUAACCGGGCACCCAUCCUGGAGUUCAUGAACAUGGACCUGGAAGCCAGGUGCCUGCGCCUCCGGGUCCAGGCCGCCCGGGGGUCGGCCGGCAGGGAGCCCUCGGAGCUCCCGUCUCUGCUGUGCGAGCUGGACGACCGCUUGUUGGAGGUCGAGGAGAAGUGUGCCAGCUGCGGCUACAGAGAGAGCUGCGUGGAUGUGAUGUUGGAGCGGGCGCAGAUAAAGAGGCUGUGGGCCCAGAGCGAGCCGGACGAGGAGCAGCGGGCGGCACGCCAGCUGGAGGCCUACAGCCUGGCCCAGGAGGCCGUGGCGGACGCGGAGCAGCUGCUGCACGGGGCCCGGAGCCUCCUGCCCCUGUCCGAGGUGGGGGGUGUGAACACGCCUCUGAUGCGGAAGCUGGCUCGCCUCAAGCUGACCCUGGUAGAGGUGGCCCUGGACACGCUGCAGCUGGCGCGGGAGCAACCGCUGGAGCGGCAGCUGGGGCAGGGCUCCCUGGACAAGCUGCUGGCCGACUUCCUGCACAGCUCCACUGACUACACCUCCACAGGCCUGCAGUGGCCCACCCUGCGGCGCACCCUGGCCCACGUGGUGCUGGCCCAGCUGGGGAGCCUGCAGCCGCUGAGUGCUGGCUGCGUGGAGAUCCGUGCGCGGCUGCUGGGCCUAGCGGGGAAGGCCCUGCACCUGCUGGCCCUGCGGACGGACCCGGUGCCCCCCACCUCCUACUGGCAGGAGGGCCUCCUGGUGGGCAAAGAGUCGAGCAGCCUCAGGUGUGUGCAGAUCUUCCGGGAGAAUGGGGACGGGCGGCGGCAGCGCGGCAGCAGCCACCGGGCCCUCAGGAAGGCCCCAGGAGAGCAGGAGCGCCGGCAAGGCUCCGAUCUGAAGAGGAGGAAGGCGCUGGCCCGACGGUACCUGGCCCAGGCGUCGGAGGUGCUGCUGCAGAGCCUGCAGGUCGCCCUGGGCAACGGGCUCCUGGAUGUGGCGUCAGACGCCAGCCUGCAGACAGUGGAGUGUGUUGGCGUGCUGGACCCAGAGGCCGCCUGCCAGUUCCUGGCGCUGUCCCAGAGCUGCUCCGCCUCGGAGACGAUGCGGAGCGUGCUACUCGCUGCCAUGGCCGACACCGGCAGCUCGCAGCCCGCGGCCCUGCUGCAGCUCCAGCGCAGGCUGAAGCUCCAGGAGCACACCUCCGCCCGCCUGCUCGCCGGCGUGGAGCAGCGGCUGGCCGCCGUAUCCAAGGCUUGGCAGAAUCUCCAGGUCACGGAACAACACUUUAACCUGUUGAGUGAGGUUCCUCCCGCUUUUCGGAUCCUCUUUCUGCACCACUCCCCUGACAGGACCCAGCUGUACGGCGCUUCCUACGAGAUACCCAGGCCCAUCCCCGGGGCCAAAGGGAAGGCGUUCCAAGUGGGGGGCUUCUACAAGGCAGCCCGAGUGGCCGUGAGCCCUGACACCUUCUCUGGCCUGCUGGCCAGCGCCCAGCAGUUCUGGGAGCAGACCCAGGCGGAAGUGGGCCGUGAGGCCAUGGCCCUUAAACCCGGCCUGGAAGCAGGCGGUGUGCACCCCGAGAUGCAGGGGAGCCUUCUCCCAAGACUCGGCGACGUGCUGGCGGCCACCGAGGAGUACCUGCGCCCGCUGCUCCCACUGCUCCGAGGCUCCGAGGCCAGAAUACAGAUUCCCGUGGCCACUAUGGAUCUGGGGAAACCAAAGGGCAAAGACAAGGAUCGGAAGCUGUCCCUGUCGCCCCAGGCCCUGCCCGAGGCCGCCGACACCGUGGUCCUCCUGGUGGACAGGCCCCUCCUGGAGCUGCCCCUGGAGGGCCUGUCGGCCUUCAGGGAAGGCUCGGUCUCCGCCCUGUCGCGGGACUUCUCCCUCCAGAUGCUGUGCAACCGUCUGCGCCGGGACGAGGCAGACAGCACAGGGACAAAGGACGCGAAAGGCAAAGAGUUCAAGAAGCGAGGCCCUGCGAAGAGGGGCCAGAAGGGCACCGCGCCCCGGGCCAUCCCCUCCAGCUGCAUCACCGUGGACUCAGACAAUUUCAAGUUCACCGUGGACCCCCACGAGGAGGCCCAGGGCCCAGAGACGCUGACUCCUGUCUCCGUGACCCGGGAGAUUCUGGAGAAGUUCAAAGACACCUUCACCGCACGCUGGUCGGGGCACCUGGGCAAAAAGCCCUUCCCCAGCCAGGCCCAGUGGGAGCAGGCCCUGGGCAGCUGUGCGGGCUUCUUCUUCUACGGGAUGGAGCGCUUCCUGUCGCACCUGUCGGUGGAGCGGCUGGCUGCCAUGAACCUACACGACUGCCAGCUGAUGGUCCUGCUGGACCUGAGCCGGUCCCAUGAGAGCCUGCGGCGGACCAUGGAGUCCUCGGAGCACAAGAGCGCCCGGGAAACGUCCGUGGAAGCGCCCAUCGAGGCCGCCGUCCUGCUGAGCCUGGCGGGGGUCCGAAGCGUCCUGGCCAACCAGUGGUGGACGCCCCUGCAGGACAACGCGCUGCGGGCCCGAAUCCUGUGGGAGAAUCUGCUGACUGUCGGUAAGCCGGUUGGGAAAGCGGUCCGUCUCCUCCAGACGAUGGAAGCGGAGGAAGUGGUCGGCUACGAUGAGGCUCUGCAGACCUCCAAGGACAGGGUGCCGCCCCGCCGAGCGCCGGGUGGCCCCGACUGGCUGUCCGUCAGCCUCAACCUGGUGCUGUACGGGCUGCCGCACCAGGCCAUCGUGUGACCCUGGCUGUUCGCCCCUGGGGCGCCCUUCUCCGGGGGCCUCCCGCUGAGCGGGCUGCCCCCGCCUCCCCCCAUCACCGUAGACCCUCUCGGGGGGGCUGCCUGCUCUGCAGCCCCCCUGCACGUGGGACCAUCAGGGAAGGGGC